AUGACGUCUAUUUUUUAUCUAAUAAUAAUUUUAAGUUUAGAGAUCUUGGUUGCUAUUGAGAAUUCAUCUUAUCCAUUGGGGACUGUGCAUCGAGUGGGUGAUAGCGACUUAAAUGUGUACGAUGUUAUGGGUGAUGGAAGUAGUACACGGAACACUAAAGUUGCUAUUAUUGUUCUCUAUGAUAUACGUGGUUUUAAUGUGACGAAUACUCGAUUGUUCUGUGAACGUUUAGCAUAUGAAUAUCAAAUACGAGUGUUAAUGCCAGAUUUUUUCAGAAAUCAACCAACAGCAAAUGCGACAUGGUCUCGUGUCACAGAAGAUUUAAUGAUUGUUAAUGCAUAUCUUCACUCAGAAAACUAUACGAAAUUAGCUACAAUUGGUUUUUGUUGGGGUGGUCUUCGUGUAAUGAAAGCAUGUGGAAAUGGAAAUAAUAAUUCUUGGAAUGAAACACCUUAUUUUACUGGUAUUAGUAUUCAUGGAUCUCAACUCAAUGUACUUGAUGCAAAAGUACUUCAAGUUCCAAUGUUAUUUAUUCGUGCUGGAAAUGAUCCAUCAUUUGAUAAUAUAACAUCAAUUCUCAAUCAAAAAUCAUUCGGUAGUCAAUGUCAAUACAAAGUCUAUGAGAAUAUGAAACAUGGAUUUGUCAGUGCUGGUGCAAAUUAUUCCAAUCCAGAAAAUGUUAUUGCAAUCGAUGAUGUACAUCACACAGUGAGAACUUAUUUGGACAAUCUUUUGAAAAAUAACUCAACAAAUCUUAACAUUUCAUCAUUUUUAACAUUGAUAUCCUUCUUUUUCCUUAUUGAUUAUUUCACUUUCACCAUGUAA